AUGCGAAAAAACGCGUCGAGGUCUGGGCCGGAGUGGCAACCGCCGAGCUGCACUUUGGGAACUCGGAAACAGUGCGGUGGAAGGCUGCCGAGAGAGUGCUACGGAAGGAGGAAAAGCGCAGCCGAAGACCUUUUUUGGAUAAGUCAGUGGCAAGUCUCUGGUUCGAAUGACUUCGCGUGUGCCAGGUCGAUAGCUUUUAGGCCGGAACGCGAGUCGGCGAAACCGAGUCCGCGUGCGUAUACGGGUUUGCUAGCGAUUGAGAACAGGGGAGAGAGCUACUCAAAUCACACGUGUGUUCCACCUUUCCAAAUCGGAACGGCGGAACGGGAGUCUCUCGAUCAAAAUGUGCCUUUGGGCGUACCACAAAAGGGGGAGAAAUGGCGGUUUCGCCGUCGCAAAGCGGCUCACGAAGGUGCAGCAAACGCGCCUACUUUUCCGCUCCAUCCCUACUUUCGUAUGUCGCAAUUCUCCUUUGGGUACUUCUAGCUGGGUUCUCCCCUCUGUGUCUCUGACACACGUUUCUUCAUUUCCCAAGAACUUUCAGUUGAUGACGAGAAAAAGCAGAAAAGCAACAAGUUCCAGCUCUCCCAGGUAAAGUCCUUUUCGGGAACAAGACCUGUAUCUCUCUCUAGGCGACCCGGGGCGCGUACCUACCACUUAGAGGCUGUCCUUGUGCAGCGGAAGAAAUCCGAUGCGUCGUGAGCCCUCACUAACGUUGAUCGAUAUAACCAAAUAUCAGAGUCCCACAACAGCCAAGUUCCUUGUACAAAGAUCCCGAUCCAUCCGCCUGCUGAGAGGUGGUGGAGAGAAGUUGAAACACGAUGAGGAUUCCGCAAAGUUGAUAAGCAGGUGUAGCUGACUGGUCCCCCCGUAAAAGCAUUUUAAUAGAUUCCUCUUUGAUGAACAUGCGCAUCAGUUCAGUCACUUCCCCUCGCCGUUGACCUCGCAU